AUGUGGAAAAUAACCGAAAAUUUGUACCUGGCACAGUUGCCCAUGAUUGUUGGUCCAACUAGCAAAGCAGAAUUCGCCAAAAACAAUAUCGAAAGAGUUGUCACACUGACAACAGAACCGAUUCCGGAAAAUAAAAGAUUGAAAGAUGUUGAUUAUAAGUUUAUCCGCCUUCUCGACAUGCCAAAUGAGCCAAUUUUAUCGAAUGGAUUAUUAGAAGAAGCUUUAAAAUUCAUUGACGAAGGAAUCGAAAGCGAGACUAAUGUUGUAGUUCAUUGCCUUGCCGCUGUUUCUCGAAGUGUAUCUGUCUGUGCCGCUUUUUUGAUGUACAAAAAUCGGUGGACAAUGGAAAAGGCUCUAAACAUGAUUAAAGGGAUUCGAAAGUUUAUCGGACCCAAUUCCGGAUUUCUAGCGCAAUUGAAAAUUUGGGAACGAUGUGACAUGGAUUUUGCACCAGAGAGAUACGCAAACCUGAGUAUCGACAUUCCUGGAGCAUUUGAUGCAGAUACGAAAACUAUAUGGAGACAACCUGUUUUGGAUGAUCGAACCGAAACCAGAUUCAAAUGCCGGCAGUGUCGAAAGGUUAUCUUCAGCAGCGAUAAUAUCGCACACCCACAGUUGUCAGAUUUAUGUCAAAAAUAUCUGAUUGAACCGAUGGAAUGGCUUAGAAUAACCGGAGUCACAUGUUCAAUUAAUCACUCCUGUGGAGCAAAGCUUGGCAAUUUUAUUGCGACCGGCUCAAAGUGCAAUGGAUUGAAACGAUGGAUCUUCAUUGAUAAAUCCAAAAUAGAUAAAGUGGAAAUCGGAAUCUGA